AGCUGUGUGUGGAGUCCGUAAUGUUCCGGAUGUUUAGAUGAAGAAUUCAUACUGAAGACAUUACAUAGAGAGGUUCUGCAAUCUCUGAAUGCGGAUGGACCAUGGCACCAAACUUUACAUGGAGGGGCUCCACUCUCAUGACCGAGGCUGGACUCCAUUGCUGUCACUGACUAUACCUGGACCUUGCUCUUGUCAUUGACCAUGGCUGGACCUUGCUGCUGCCAGUCUUCCGGAGCCCCAUCCUGCUGCUCCAAGUCCGAGGGUUGCCGGGUGCCCAUCACCCUCAUCUUGCUCAUCCUUUACUUCUGCUACCUGCUGCUGGGGGCCGCAGUCUUCUGGGCCCUGGAGAGCAAGGCUGAGCAUGACCUGACCAUCAACUUCCAGCAGGAGAAGUGGGAGCUGCUGAGAAACCACACCUGCAUGGACAACAAGACCCUGGAGAUGUUCAUUUCGGGCAUUAUCAAUGCAUACAAGAAUGGCAUCAGUUUAUUGGGAAAUGAUAGCGGUCAGGAGACCUGGGACUUCGGUGGCUCUUUCUUCUUCUCUGUAACAGCCAUAACCACCAUCGGUUACGGGAAUCUGAGCCCCAACACCGUCGGAGGUCGCAUCUUCUGCAUCUUCUUUGCACUGUUUGGCAUUCCGUUGAAUGUGAUCCUGCUGAACCGCAUCGGUCAGAAGAUGCUCUCUCUGGUCCAACGAUAUGCGGACUUCCUGGGGACCAAAGUCCAACGCAAGAAAAUGGUGAAGGUCUUCUCCAGCUCCUGUGCUUUGAUUGCGGGUCUCCUCCUUUUCUUCCUGCUCCCCCCUAUUCUCUUUCAGUGGGUGGAAGGCUGGACAUACGAGGAGGGAUUCUACUAUGCUUUCAUCACGCUCAGCACCAUUGGCUUUGGAGACUAUGUCAUCGGAAGAGUUCCCGGCAAGCAAUACCCCAACUGGUACAAGAAUGUAGUGUCACUGUGGAUUCUGUUUGGCUUGGCAUGGUUGGCUCUGAUUAUCAACCUGUGCAUUAACCUCCUGCAGAACUGUAGAAAAGUCAGCCAGUGUUGCGGAACAAAGCAAACCUAUCCGGUGGAUCAGGAACUGAUAGAGACCUCCCAAAAUGGGCGCAUUGCCACAGGGCGGAAAGAGAUGGAGGACUCACAAUCGUCCACAUCAAGUGACACCAAACCUGAGUCAUCUGACUGA